AUGUAUAAUGCAAUAAAAAUUUGCAAACAUAAAAGCAAAAUAAUUUAUAAAAUACAAUACAUAUAGCUUAAAAAUAAAAUUGAAAAGCAGAGAAACAAAAUAAAAAAUAAAAAGGAAAGAUAGAUCGAUAGAUAGAUAUAUAGAUUUAUAGGAUUUUGUUUAAAUAUCUUUAAAAACAAAUUAAAUAACUAGAAAUAUUAAACUGUAAAAUCUAAUUAAUUAAAGGUUGGCUCACUUUAGCUUUAUAUUUAUAUUAUUUUUUGUAUAUCAAAAUAAUAGCAUAUAACAAACAAAAAACUAGCCAAAAAAAGUAAAAGCAAGAAAUAGAUAGGAAAACUUCAAAUAAUUUUUACCAUUUAAAUAAGAAAAAAACAAGCUUUUUAAAAAUAGAUGAGUAGCUUUUUAAAUGCACAAACUCCAAUAGCAGUUAAAAAUAGAUUUUCUAAAAAUCUACUAUCUGCUACUUCAUACUAAACAAACUUGCAGUCAACAGCAGCUUCAUAAAAAUGGAAUAAUUAAAGUUUCACUUCUACUCCUUAAGUCGGUAGAAAUUUGAAUGACAGUAGUAUCUUUGAUUCGCAUGUUUAGAAGGAUUUAUUUAGCAAUGGUAUUAAUGCCAGUUAACUGAAAAAAACUCUUGUGAAUAGCAGUAAUAAUAAUCCUCAGCGCUAUUUCGCUGAUAAUCGUUUCCAUGAUAAUGUUUAGAUUCAAAAUAGUUUUGGAUUUGAUAAUUAGUAAAUUAAUAAUAGAGGAAAUCAAUUAACAAGCCAUUCUCUUUAUCCAAACGCUUAUCAAAAUUAAGGAGCAGAUGAUUAAUAUAGAACUAUAAAUACUAUCUUAAAAGUUAAUAAUAAUUAUCAAUAUGGCACAACAGCAGCUAAUAAUUAACAAUAUCCAAGAUAGUAGGAAAACUUCAAUUUGCAAGGGCAAAGCAUAUCUUAGUAAAUGAAUGCUUAAUAUUUAGCUUCAAAAUCUCUUUAGAAUCCUGCAAAUAACAUAUUAAAUUUAGGAAUAAGCAGCUCAGCAUAAAUCAAUUAAUAAAACUAAACAAAUGAAAAUAAAGUCUUAAAGCACAUAAAAAACUAAGAGUUGCACUAAAAUCAAAGAUUAAUUUCUACUAUGAGAGAAUAAGGAUUUUUACAAAGCUAAUAAAAUGAUGUUUUGCUAAAUGAAGGGUAGACAUUUAUUCUUUCUUAAAAAAAUGUAAUAAAUAUUUUAAUAGCCUUGAUUACAUUGGUAAUAGUUUAUGUAAUUUACAGAAUAAAUUGCUUAGUUUUAAAUACCUAGUUUUCUGCAUUAUCCUAAUUGAAAUAUAUUGGAGCUCUUUUGCUGUCAGUUGCAUCCAAAAGCUUCAUGUUUAAACAUAAAGCUCAAAUAAAUUCUAAUUUCAUAAUAUUUACUAUAAUUGGAUUUUGCAUAGACACACUUGCAAUCCAAUAUUGUAUAAAUGAAGUAAUUAAUGUCUACUUUUACUAAAAGUUGCACAUGGAAAUCAAGUAUAACUUCAAAGAGUAUUACUUAAUGGCUCUAAGCACAAUCUGCUCUCUUUUCUUUUACAUUAAUGGAAAUUAUAUUGAAAGAAACUAAAUUCAAAAUGUGAAUAAGCAAAUUAGAACUAUUGUGUGCUAAGUAUUCUCUGACACAUUUAAUAACAUAAUGGAUUUGAUUUAAAUAUGCUUGCUUCCUAUUUUUAUUGCUUAUUUGGGAAUAUUUUUAAAUGGAGAAAAAGUAGCUAGUCUCUUCUCUUCUAAGUAUGAAAAUCAAAUGGGAGUAACAAAAAGUUUAGUCUUAAUCUAUAUCCUCACCUUAUCCUAAACUUUCCUCUUCAAGAUAUGCUCCGAGUUAAUUAUUAAUUUGAACUCCCAAUAUAUUUGGAAUUUCCUCUCAGAAAUUCACGAGACUCAUUAAAUCUAGCAUUUCUAUUUUAUCUUCGCUGAUCAAAAGUUAAAUGAUGAUUAUUUAGAACUUAAGGCUUUAAAGUUCUGGCAAUCUAACUAUAACAACAAAUAAAGAGUCAAUAUUUUAAGAAAUAUCAGCAUUGAAGGAUAAAAAAUAUAAAUUUGGAAUGUUUUUCUGAGAUACAGCUAGUCACUUAAAGAGCGUUUUAGCAACUUUAAAAUAAAUAAUUUUGGAAUUUUUGAAAAUAGAUUACAAGUAGUACAAAACACACCCAAAUAAUUCAUAUACAAAUUUGGAUAUUUAUUGAGAAACUUUUAGGUUUUAUAUGCCUAUUUAUCAGCUUAUUCAGAAUUAUUGUUUUUACUUGAUAUGGUUACCUAUUCAAUUUAGAACUUAACUAACACUGUACUUGUCUACAACAAUAUUUCUGAAUAUUAAGAGAUGUUUUAACAAUCUUACUCACUUGAAAUUAUUUCUGAUUUUAUGUCUGCUGUUUUCUAAGACUUAAUUGAACUCUAAGGAGUUAUAGAAAAAGACAAAAAAUUAGCCCUUGCUUAGAAAUAGCUUCUAAGUAGUAUAUCUACAUUAAAUGAAAUCUCAAAAGAUAAAAAGCUAUUUGGCGUAACAAUUAAUCGUAUACUUAAAAAUUCUGAGUCAUUUUAUUAAUCAGACAACUGA